CAUUCCAGGGAUUUUUUUUUUUUUUGGCGGGUUGAAAAAAAUGUGUGUCCACACUGUACUGGAUUAGUAAAUAACGGAUCACUGGGUGAAAACGAUGUAAUACACAAAGAACACCUACGGGUGGCGCUACAAAUAGACAUGCAGACGGAACCACGUGACACACCAAACUAUAGAAGAAGAUAGAACACAUGCAUCCGUCAUCUUCCACUUUCCAAGGCUCGUCUUGAUUUACGACAAAGUAAAAUUAUUGGGAGUCACUUUGGGAGUAUAAGACAAUAAAAUACCAGAAGAAUGUCAAUGGUGGUGAGUCUGGACUCUCAAAAUAUUCAGAUAUUAUGUUGUCGUCAACGCUCACUUCUGGUCACGUCGCAGCGACAAGUCACUGACGUGACCAUUUUAAAAAAGGGCCAGAUUGCUCAUCUAUACGGAAACGAGUCUGCGUGUUCAGAUUUUCCCACACUGGAAGCAGUUUUCAAAAAGCCAGAACGCCGUUUCCGUGCGUAUGAGAGACUGAAACGCUAAAAUACUUUGCCGUUUUGACCUGAAAACGUUUCCGUGUGAAUAGCCCCUCAGGUCCAGACACGAGCUAGGCCACUCAUUUAUGUGCUUCACAAUAUGUCAUGUGGCAGAAUUGUGCUUUUGUUUCAGUGCAAUUGUAGAUUUCAGAGAUUGUAUUGGGGUUAACAGUUUCGCAACUGAGACUUCCUGAAAGUAAAAAAAGAAAGUCAGGUCUUUCCAAAUUUGGACAGAAAUGACUUAAAAGACUGGUGUUCCUGCUUCAAGUUAAGAGACAUGCUGCCAAACAGGCAAGAUACCAUACAUCUUACAUUACAUACUGCUUGCUAACACUUACUCCGUUGGUGAAAGACGCAGUUCAGUUGGUUGAAGAGGAUCCCAGGAUCAUUGUUACAAAGACUGACCAAGAAGAAACAAGACUUAAGAAAACAAUGAUCCUCCAUUUUGUAAGCUUAGUUUUUACAUUGCUACUGAAAACAAGUGGUGCAGUGACAUCUAGCCAUGUUGUCAGUACAAUGCAAGUGACAACUGAUGAAAACAAAGAAAAUACCCAUCCUGCCACAGCGAUCACUUUCCAUCGAUUAAAUCAACCGGCUGAAAGUACUAUACAACCAACCAAGGUGGAUCAAACAGAGAAAGACAGCAACAAAAUCUUGUCAACGCCUCCUCUAAUUUACAUGACUUCUAGGAAAUUCAAGUCAAAUGGACACCCAACAGCAACAAACACCAACUUCAUAACUUUCCGAGUAAGUCAUUCACCAGCAGAAAUAGCCACAAAAGCCAUAACAGCAAGCAUAGCUCCAGUGCUGGGAAAAUCUACCCAAAGCCAGGACACAGGACAGACUGUCCUAUUCUCUACGACUAGCAUCGGCUACAGAUAUUUGUCCACAGACUCAAACCUCAAGGCUACUGCAACCAAAGUUUCAACAACUCUUGAAAACAAACAGACUAAUACACUCCUCUUCACGGGUGGUGAUGCUACACGUUUUACCAAGGAAACAACAUUCAUCCUCACCACAAAGGCAGAUAAAAUCCCCUCUCAAGAAAAAUCGAACAGACCGAUUCACAGUGAAGUAGUAGCAGGACUAAUAGGUUUGGCUUUGGUAUUGAUGAUAGUUAGCUUUUUGGUCAUCUAUGUAAAGAAACGCAAGCUUCAGAAACAGCAGAUAACAAUGAAUGACUGGGCAGGUCCGACACCGUUUGUCAGCGGAGGAGCUGACAAUGGACAAGUAACACUGAGUUCAUCAAGCCAGAUUUCUCUCACCACCUUCCUGCCUAAGAAACUAUCCAAAAAGAUGUCCUAUCAACCAGAAAUAAGGGAGGAGUCAAAUGAAAUUACACCAAUAUCUACCUUUGGAGGACAUAAUGAGCCUAAGCAAAUAUAACAAAGGCUCAAUCAUAAAAUAAAACAAAGCGUAUGGAAUGGACUGCUCAAAGCAAACAUCUGAACCCCACUGAAAUAUCUGAAGAGAAAAUCCAAGGGUCAUCCAGUAGGGGUGUCACGAGAAACCCAACUCAUGAGAUGAGCCUACAUGAGACUACACACGAGACUACGUGAGAUUGAGUCCACAACAAUGAGACAAGACAAGAUUUUAAUGUUAAUUUUAAGAAAAGUACAAUGAAAAAAUAUGACUGUACAAACUUUUUGCAUUUAAACGUGUCACAAAAUAAUGCAGGUGCUUUUUGAAACCUUUAUUGUCCCACAAAUUGACGAUAAACUACUGUAUAUUAUUGUCAAAAUUUUUAGGACCAAAUACAGCACAGUUAUAAUACUGUAUACAAUAAUAAAAACAAUAAUACAUAAUCAGAUAUCAUAAUAAUGCAAUAUUUCCUUUAAUAUGUCAUAUUUCACUGUAAAGUUGUGGAAUUGUUUGUGUUUGUUACAUGUAUUUUCUCACAGGCAAUGUCAGUCUGUCACACAUUCUUCAACUGCUGGCUUUUCAAUAGGAAUGUCAGCAUGAAUAGUUCCAGCUUGUUAAACAAUGCCAGCUGACUGUUUUUUGUCUUAUCUCUCUGUCUUUGUCUAUCUACAGUACAACAGGCUUGUCCAGCUUCCCUUUGAUAUUUAUAAUAAAAAAAGUCUUACAUGUACAGUGAGACAAAGACAAAUCUUUGUGCAUUUAGCAGGGAUGCUCCAAUCAGGGUUUAAUGCUGCUGAUAAUGAUCACAUAUUGGCUGUAUCGGGGUAGCCAAAGUUUUUUUUUUUUGUGAGAGCUACUUUUGCAAGAUGAAAAUGGCCAAGAGCUACUAAUUUUUGCAACAUUUUCAUAGCUUAUUUCAAACCCAACAAACCGAAUGCUUGUUUUACCAGAACAUUAACAAAAUGCUGGUAUCCACAACUCACAUUUUGCAUUUCAGAAUGCAUUUCUUUCUAGUGUGAAUAAUAAGCAGGCUUGCAGGUGCCUCAGGUGGUCGUGGGGUGGC